CAUGAUGCUGGCCCAAUGCUGUCUUACCACACCCACCCUUAGGUGUAGGAAUCACUUUGAAAGAAAAAGGAGAUGGAGCCCUUGUUUUGAAGUUUUGUCUGUAUAUCAAGCACCCUGUGUUUACUUAAGCUAUGUUUAUGGCAUGGAGCAGAAAACCAUCCUAAACCACCCCUUGAUACCACUGCUAAUUCCUUCCCCCAAAACUAGGUAGUGCUCUUGCAAAAUACAAGUCCAAUCAAUAUCACCACCACAGAGUAGCUGGUGUGUGUGUUCCCUGGGAUAUUGAUUAAUGGGACUUAAAGUACGUUAUGAGAGGGGAGCGGUAUGAUUGGUCGAAAGACAAGGAGAAGGAGGAGGGAUUUGAUUGCUUGAUUUGGUUGGUCUGGGGGAGGGAGUUCUGGAAAUAAGGAGUCCUCAGGACAAUUCUGAGUGGGAGAUGGGUCAAGGAUUACAGGAAGAGAUUUUAAAAAGGAACAGAGGGAGGAAGGAAUGGAAUUCAUCUUUGGAGGGGAGGUAAAUGGGGAAAGAAAUAAGGGUGAUUGAUCUUGGUGGACAUUUUAUUUUCUGGGGUUCCAACAGAGCCCUCUCCUCUCCCCCUUUUCAAAAAUUUCACCUAGCCCUGGAGUGGAGUCUGAAUCUCUCCAUGGGGAAGUGCUGGAAAGACUCAAGCAGAAGGAAGGAAGGAGUGGUUUUUAUUGGCCUGGGAGGAAGGACCUAAGAUUUUCUAAUUGGGUUGCCCAUCUGUCCACUCAUUUGGCUUAUGUUCGUAUGUGUGUAUCAGGGGGUUGGAGGGGCUACUGGGGCAGCAAUGAGGAGGAGAUCUGGGCAAUAUCUCCUCCAUCCUUUGCCCUGGGAGAAGUGGCAGUGACUGGAAGGGGACGUUGAACCCUCUGCUCUUCCCUGGGGAACCCUCUUGCAGGCAGAGUAGGGAUGAUAGGCUUUCUUUCUCAGGUUGUCCUUGCAGAGGUCUUCGGGAGGUAGUGGGGCCUUUGAGGGGGUGUUCCUCCAUGUUUAACUCCCCUCCAGAGUUCUUCUCUCCUUUGAGUCCCUGGGAGAUGACUGGGUAUGGGGGAGUUCUGAGCUAGUCUCUGAGGGGUUCCUGAGAUUAUGUUUAUGACUGGUGAGGGUGAAGCAGGUGGGGUUGGGAUCUCCAGGCACUGGCAGGAGGCAGAAGACGAUCUCUCCCAUUUGAGCAGGUAAUUUGGGAGGUGGAUUUUGUGGAAGGGGGCUGGAGACCCUUCACUCUCGAGGUCUGUACGGAGAGCAGAAGAGAAGGAACACUUUUGUAGAAAGGGGUUGUGAGGGGGGCAGAUGUUUAUGUGGAAGGGUAUGUGGAAGGGGCCAGAUGUGGAAGGGGGAGGAGGGCUCUGGUCUUCCUGCUGGCCUCUCUCUUUUCUGCAGGGUAAUGAAGCUGGAAGCUGUCUGUGCGAUGGUCACUCCAGAAGUCCCUAAGCCUGAAAAGGAGGCUGUUCUAGACGCAGAGCUGAGCUCGAAGACCCGGCCACAGGAGGCUCAGACCGAGCCCGGGUCCGGAUUGGGGACUGAGGCUGAGGCCCAGCCGUUGGACUUCGUGGUGGCCACCGAACGGGAGUUUGAGGAGGUGCUGGCCAUCUCCGGGGGCAUCCACGGCGGCCUUGACUACCUUUCCAGCCGCUACCACAGCUGGCUCCGGGAUCCCGACCACACCGUGGUGCUUGCCAAGCGCAAGGGAGGAAUCGCGCUGGAGUCGGUGCACGUGAUCGACGCCGGGGAGCCGGCGCUGGUGGAGGGGCUGCGCGUGGCGCCCUGGGAGCGUGGCAAAGGCUUGGCCGGGCUGCUGCAGCGUUUCUGCUGGCAGCUGGUCAAGCGACAGCAUCCGGGGGUCAAGGUGGCACAGCUUACCCGGGACGACCUGUUGGGCCCCCGGGAGCUGAAGAAAUACCGCCUAAUCACCAAGCAGGGCAUCCUUUUGGUCCGAUUCAACGCCUCGGCGCUGCUGGCAGGGCUGGGCGCAGCAGCGCCGGGCGCGCGGCUAGAGGCGCCGAGGGCCUCCGGCACCUUCUUGUCCUUGCCCACGGAGGCCGUGUCCGAGGCAGGCGGCGACGUGGCUCGCCUCCUGGUGUCGCCUUUGAUGCAGCGCGACGUGCUUCCGGGCGAGACCAUCAUCCAGGACUGACAACCUUACCGGCCGAGCGAGAGCAACUUGCGCCUGCUGGCGGCCAAGAGCCUGUAGUGGCGCGUGGAGAGCCGCGCGCGCCCGCGCGUGCCCACGUUGUGCACGCGCCCCUUCCUAGUCCCGCAAGGCGGCGACGGCACAUGGCGCUACCUCAACAUAGGCGCCUUCGGCAGCGAUGGCGCGCAGGUGCAGAGCCAGCUGCUGUGGCACCUACAGGUCCAGGCCCCGCGCCUCGGUGGCCUCAACGUCACGUGUCAGCUGUUUCUAGCGCCCCAGCUGUGGCCACAACUGGCCGACUUCUCCCAGGCCGGCUUGGGGUUCGAGCUGGUCAAGGGUUACACGGAGUAGUACCUGCUGGAGGCCGACACCUGA